AUGGCUGGUAGCACUGUCGUUGCUAUUCCAUCCCUCUCCUGCCUCAAGCUGCCCUCAGUCAUCCAAUCGUUUGAUGCUGCCAAAGUUGGAACCAUUUUCCAGAAGGAAUUUUGCGGCAGAGGAUGCGGCCUCAUCCCUUCCAACUACGAGACCCAGAUCAAGCCAUUCGUCACCAAAUUCUUCGAAGAUGAAUGUACCACCAUGGGAGCCCCUACUCUCGCCCCAUACUACAUCAACAUGGUCGAUACCAUGUUCCAGGGGGCAAAAGAAUGCUCUGGAGGAAAGUUCCGCGAUGUAAACCUAUGUGGCUCCGAGAAUGAGACGUUGGAGGAGGUGCUUGGAUGCUUCCAGUCCAGCGCGAUCUCCGCUCUAUGGGAAAAGAAGGCCAGCAUCUUGCCCUUGCUUACCACCAACUGCGAGGAGCAGUACAAGUACUUUGCUGUUGACAACAUCUACAACAACCGACUGCCCGCUUGUGCCCAGAUGUUCGCUGCUGAGAACUGCAAGGCCGCAUAA